UAAUGUCGGCAAUACGUUACGCUGAUACAGAACAGAUGACGCUUCGAGUCGACCAACGUGACACGACGAAGAGAAAACUGAAAACUGAGUCGAAUCGGCACAGUACGAAGAGGGCUGCGACAAGAGAAGGAUCGAGUGCGGUAGUGGAGUAGAAUUUUGAACUCGUCUCUGCGCAGUUAGUCUCGGAACCUUGAAGAAACGAUCGGGAUAUUAACGACAAACCUGCCUUCGGCAGCGAAGGCUUGUCUCACUCUCGGGUUCGCCCGUUGGGCUGUCUCAGCCCGGAAUCGCGGAGAAAUGUCGAUUCGAACGGUAGCCUACCGUCUCGUGCAAAAUGGUCGGGCUCUGCUGCACUCCGUCAGAAAUACCGAGCGUUUCAACUCUAACUUCCACCCAAGGAAAUACCACGACAAGAUACACGUUGUGCAAGUAGGCAAGUCCCAGGGCUACCUGCCCCAGGGUAACAGCUAUGUGUCCAACGCGGGAAGACAGCUCGGUUACUUGGGGGCUCACGCUCGUAGAAUCUUCGUCGACAACAUCUUGAAGAGAGUCACCAACAGCUUGGCUGCCGAUUUACGUAGACGAGCUGCGAGCAGAUUGGUCUUCGGUGGAGAUUCUGCUCCUUUUUUCGCUUUGGUCGGAGUGUCAUUGGCAUCUGGCACGGGGAUACUGACAAAGGAUGACGAACUGGAGGGUGUUUGCUGGGAAAUUCGAGAAGCAAUAUCAAAGUUACAAUGGAACGCACCACAAAACGAUAAGAACUACGAGGCGAUCAAAGACGAAGAGCGAGCUAUUACUUUAAACGAUUUGGUGAUCGGUCCGGCGAUAGCGAAAGGAUGUUCCGCCGUCGUCUAUGCUGCAAAAUUCAACGACUCCGUCGACAGCGAAAGCCGAGUGAACAUAGACGAUGAACCCACGGACGUGACCACGUUCCCAUUGGCGUUGAAAAUGAUGUUCAACUACGACGCCGAAUCGAAUGCAUUGUCCAUCUUGAGAGCCAUGUACAGAGAGACUGUUCCAGCGAGAAGACAGCUGAACAACCAGGAAUUGGCCGACUGGGAGCUGAGAAUGGCCGAGAGGAAGACCAAGCUGCCGCCUCACCCGAACAUCGUGGCCAUGUAUUAUGUUUUCGCCGACAGGGUACCGGCCCUGCCCGGGUCCUGGGGAAUGUAUCCGGAUGCUCUGCCCGCGCGCAUCAAUCCUCACGGAUCCGGAAGGAACAUGAGCCUGUUCUUGUUGAUGAAAAGGUACGACGUCACGCUGAAACAGUACUUGAACAAUCGCAGUCUAAACACCAGGGAAUCGAUACUACUCUUGGCGCAGCUGCUCGAGGGUGUGACUCAUUUGAAUGCGUACGGUAUUGCUCACCGCGAUCUGAAGAGCGACAAUAUCCUAUUGGAUCUGUCCGAGGAGACGGACAAUUGCCCGUCGUUGGUGAUCACGGACUUCGGUUGCUGCCUCGCGGACAAACGUCACGGAUUGUACAUGCCGUAUAACACCCACGACAUCGACAAAGGUGGAAACGUGGCUCUGAUGGCACCGGAGGUGAUAACAGCGGAUCCCGGUCCUUUUACCAGCAUCAAUUAUACGAAGGCCGAUCUCUGGACCGUUGGCACCAUAGCGUACGAAUUAUUCGGUGCGAAGAAUCCUUUCCACGGCGAAAAGAGCGGCGCUUCUCUGAAGAAUCACGAUUACAAGGAAGCGGACAUACCCCCUCUGCCGAGUCACGUAGCACCGAUCAUCUCGGCGCUAAUUAAAAAUCUGUUGUCAAGGAGUUUGUAUAAGAGACUCGACACCGAAACGGCAGCGACCGUAGCUCAGUUGCACCUGUGGGCGCCGAGCGUUUGGCUCAGGACCGACGGCAAGUUGCCCUCGAGCAACGAGAUUUUACAGUGGCUUCUGUGCUUGACUACGAAAGUGCUGUGCGAGGGGCGCAACUCGAUGCUGAAAUUACCAGAAGCACUUCGCGCGGAGGAAGAAGAGGAACAUGACGGGAGAAACAACAUUUACAACAGAUCUCUGUCGACGAGGUCCUGCGGCAGGCGUACCAUGCCCGAGUACCAAUUGAUCGCGAGUUUCCUCGGUAGAGUCACACUCGGUAACGUUAGGACCGCGUUAAAGUGGAUCCAGCAGAACGUAUAAUAUAUUUUCUUAGAGAGGUGAGAGGUAACGUCGCGAAGAAAGUAUUCAUUCUCCCGCAUAUCGAAGAAUGGAGUCUCGUCCCCCGUCGACGGAAAUCGUUGAAAUAUUUUUCUAUAACCAACUGUAUCUCUAUCGGUGUAUGAUCGUUGAACGUUCCACGCGUUGUUUUCUCCUGGCAUUAAUUUAUUUUUGAUACUCCGAGGAGAGUAAAAGAGUUACCUCAAUCGUUAUAGAACGUGGAAAAUCGCUGUGAUUGUUUUGUGAUUCGCAUCUCUCGCGAUCGAACGAUGCUAGAAAGUAUUGCAAAACGUAUUUAUAUUAUUAUCGGCUGUCUUAUUAUUCUACACGGUUAAUUUUGUCGACGAAACAAAUCGUGCACAGAGAGCGAUCUUUCGUGUCUGGGCAAAGAUCGCUUACUCUGUAAAGUAAGAGGAAUCGAUACUGAGAAGUCGCAUCGACGCUUCUCGAGUAGCGUUGCAUGCGAACGUUAAAAAUUAGUCGAGUUUAACAACUUCAAAAUGAAGCAGCGAGAGGCGAUGUUUAUUUAAAUUUUUCCUUAAUCGUCGUGCAACAAAUUACAUCAGGCUUCGAUAUCGCAAAUGUUAACUGCAAACCGUAAACGAACGUAAUAAUAUUAAAAAUAAAAGUUUUACAUAGCGUU